GGUCUGUGGCCAUGAGGUUUCGGGGACAGGACAGAGAGGGGUGGAGAUGAACUGCUACUUUUACAAACUUUCGUCUCCCUCUUUUCAGCCCCACCCGGCACCGCGUCUUUUGGUGACAUCUGUUUUCACCCAUUCCUGAGUCAGACUUCUUCAGUGCAAUCAGCAUUUAUUGGUUUCCCACACCACAGGUUUAGGCUUUAGCCUUUUCCAAGUCCACUAAGUCACACUCAGCCCUCAGGCUUUUCAGCUUUCAAACCUGUCUUGACCUCUCUCAGACUUGGCUGUCUUCCCUCCUGUUCCCUUUGACCUUGUGAGUUUACACCUUUUGAUUCCUUUACUGCCAGUUGCGUGGCAUUUCAGGAGGAAGCAGACAUGAAUUCAGCCACUCACUUGCUGAAAGAGUUGGACAAGUGACUUCACUUCUCUGAGCCUCUGUUUCCUAUUAGCAAAGUAAGGGUGAAAAGACCUGCCUUGCUAUAUUGUUUAAAUGAGAAAACAUAUGUGAAAGCCCAGUGCCUGGCACAUCAUGCUUCUUGAUGUUCGCUCCGUCCCUUCCUGACUAGAAUAUCGGGGAGGAAUUAUGUUCUUCUGUUACAUUCACCAAGAAGCAUAAACUUAACCUUGUGCCUUUUUUACCUCCUGGGGACAGUGGGACACCUGGAGAUGUACGUGAGAGCUGAGAUAUAGUCUGGGAACUCUUGGGAGCUGGGCCCUUGGCGUGGGGCCCAAAGACUGGGGCAAAUUGGAAGCCACAGGUCACAUUCCAGCUCUCAGUCAGUCUCAGUUACAACACCCACAGGUCUAUUCCUCCCGCCAACUCCUGGCACUGCCUGUGCCACCCUUUUGGCGCUAGGCAAAAUCUGCCUUGUGACAACUUUCAUCUGGGAUUUCUCUAUAAGCUCUCAGUACAUGGAGCUUACAAUAUUUGUGGGUCUUGGGUUGGAAUCUCCUUGAGGGACCUUUCCUUAUAAUUAGGAGGACCACAAAAAAUCACAGAAAUGGAGGGUGUUCAAGCCAUAAUUUUACAUGGAGGUUAAUAAGACUUAAUAUGUGGUGGGCCUAGAACCCAGACUUCCACAUCCUCAGACAUCUGCUUUUUCCAUAGAAUUCAGGCAUCUCUCUGAGAUCAUUGCUGGGCUAGGCCUUUGGGGGGAUGACCCCCAAUAAACACUGAUUCAAGAAAAGAUUCUAAAGAAACAAUUGUGUGUGUCAUCCUCUUUGAGCUCUAAGAAUGGGUUCCCAAGGCCCCUUUUCUUGUGUUUACAUUAACCCAAGUGCAGUAUAGAUAGAUUUUGUGCACAGUCUCUGUGAUGAAUAUAUUACAUGCUGUGUCUCAUUUAAUUCUCACAGCAACCCUAUGGACUUGUGACUAUUAUAGAUCCUACUUAACAGAUCAGAAAACUAAGGCUCAAAGAGGAGAAGGAAGCUGACCACGGUCACACAGCUAGGAAGAGGUAAAGGUCAGACUCUGAUCUGAUUAGUAUCAAGAAAAAAUGUUAUUCCAGACAUCUCAGGCCCCCUCUGGAGUCCUGGGUCUGGUUUCAGGUGUCAUAUUUAAGGGAGACACUGACACAGGAAUGAGGGACCCCUGAGGGGCACCGUCACCCCAAGGAAUGUUUGAAGGUACUGAGAAUAUUUAGCCUGGAGAAGAAAAUCCCCAGGGAACAAACAAUUGCUGUUUUCAAGGGCAGAAAGCUCCUGUACUUAGAAAUAGGUUGAGUUCAACAGGACAUCUGCCAGCCAUUUGUUGUGAGUCAAAGGGACGUGCUACCUCCGACUGCUAUCGCCACCUAUGGGCGGGAAGUAAAAUCGAUGUUCUAGCUACCUUGAUUCUUUCCAUCCAUGGAUGUUGAGUUUGUUUCAUACACAGAAGUGUGUUUACCUCUGACACACCAUCAUGCAGAAGAGAUAACAGAUUUACCUUUGUGGAGAGAGAACUAGGACCAACGGGUGAAAACUACAGGGAAGAAGAAUGUUGGCUCCAGCACAAAGAUUAAUUUCCUGACCUUUAAAGCAUGUUGAUAACUCAAGAGCCUGCUCGAGAGUAGUGAGUUUCUUGUCUGUGGAAGAGAUCAAGUCAUGCUGAAUCUCCUUUCUCUCAGGGGAUGGAGAGAAAGCAGUGUUCCAGUGUUUUGGUGGAGGAUUUUCACAGAUUACCCCCUCUGAGUUAUGGUUGGUCAUUUGCAAACAGGUCUGCUGGGGGUAGUUGUGUCUUGGUCGUCUUAUCCAUGGAGGAACUUCGAGGCCAGGCAACAGGGAAGGAGGGUCCACUGAAUAGUAUAUUUGAAAGUGGUUGAAAUGAUAAAUGUUAUAUUGUGUGUAUAUUACCACAAUAAAAAUAAAAAGGAAAAAGAGGGAAGGAGGGUACUGCUGGUGCAGAGCAGUGGGGGAGACAGGUGGGGUCUGGCAACGGAUGUCUUCCAGCCAUGGCUCUUUCACUUGACUAAGAAGAAUCAGGGAAGGGUGGGUCAGAGAAUAAAUGGUCCUGACCUCCUUGCCCCUUCGCCACCUGUCCUAACCACUUCCUUCCACCCUGGGCCAUUUGUAAACAACCCAAGCUCCUUGCAGAUUCUGUCAAUGUGAUUAAAGCUCAGUGGAGGACAGAGGAUCAGGGCAUGGUCAAGGGCAGGGACCAGUCAGAUAGGAGUCAGGGCUCUGGCUCUGCCUGCGGCUUUCCACCCUGGGUGGGUGUCCUCCUAAAAGCCCCACACUGACUAGAGCCCUGGUGCUGGGCCAUUUGUACCUGGCGAGGAUUUAGAGAGAAGGGACUAUGAAAUCAGACAGGCUGCAGCUUAUAUCCUAGCCGGGCUGCUUAUUUUCCUUGUGAGCUUCGGUCGGCUUCUUCUCUCUGAGCUUCAAUUUGUUCGUGUAUAGAAUGGACACAGUGAUUGCAUCUUGUGAAAAUUAAAUGAGACCUGGCACAUAAAGCACUGAGUCCUGUGCCUGGCAUAUGGUUUAUUAUUAUAUAAGUUAUAUAUAUAAUAUAUAAUAUUUUUAUAUAAAUUUACCUCUGCCAGUGAAAACUGGCUUCACCCUCCUACACUCUCCCCCGUUUUCUAUGGCCACGGGCCCCAGCCAUGGACACAUUUGAUACUGAAAUUCCCUUGCUGGAUCUCACUGGGUUAGCAAGAGUGGCUGGGGACCCUACACAUGAAAACACCCACAUCCUUGGCCAUCAUUGCUCCAUCACUCUCCCUCCCACCCUCGCAGAUGUGGCAGGAACAGAGAUGUAAUUGGGAGCCCUCAGUCCUGAGAUGAGGCGAGGUGUGCUCUGAGAUUAUUCACCAUCCCCCCAAAAGAAGAGAAACUGGGCCCAUUCAAAAGGGUGUCUGCCCCUGGUACUUGGCACCCAGAGGUCAUCCCUACAGGACUGUGGAGGAGCCUGUGUCCUGGAGGCUGUGUGUGGGUGUGUAUGUGUGUGUACACGCAUGUGUGUGUUCCUGUAGUGCUGCUCAUGCACCUGUGCAAAGGGCAGGGUGGUGCAGUGGGAAGGAAACAAGCUUUGAACUCUGCAAGGCCUGGGUUCGAACACCAGCUCUGCAGCUGCCCAGCUCUGUGACCAUGGAGACUUGACUUUAUAUCCCCAAGUCUCAGGUUCCUCAUUUGACAUGAGGGGAGCGUAAACCCCAUCUUAUACUUUGCUAAUUAAAUGAGGUCAUGGAUUUAAAAAAAAAAAAUGUUUGGCACAAGGUCUCGGCACUUGACAGGCACUCAGAUGGACGCUUCUGUCAUUGUUUGUGCACUUUGGUUUAAUGGUGGAUGUGCCCAAUCCAUGAUUGCACUGCAUGUCUCUCUCACUAAAUGAUCCUUGAUCACCAGUCUCCUUUCUGUUUUCAAAAGGAAAUGUAAGAAAAAAUCACCAGCAAGUCUUGUCAGUUUGAUAUUGGUUGGGAUAGAAGCGGAGGGUUUAAGGAAAUGCACACCAAAACUCUUUAUGUGCAGGGAUGGGGGGGUGUCUCUCCUUGGGGGCAGAGAUGGCGACAGGGUGUUGGAGAGGACCUUCCUUCCAAGUUCCAUUUGCCUGACUUACUUUUUUUUAAAAUUUUUUUCCAGUUUACUUUUAUAGAAAGAAUUUCUCCUUGUUUUUUGCUCCAUGUCCAACUGUCUCUAAUUUAAUUCAGCAAAUCUUUACUCAUAGCCACUAUAAUACUAAGAGCAACUGUUUGCUGAGCACUUGAAAACACUUUCCACACAGAAGAGCCAGACUGUGCGCUGAGGGGAGGCCAAGGGCUAUGAAAAAGAACUGCAAAUACUUACUGCCCCCCAGGAGCUGACAAUGUAGGUGGGAGGUUAACUGCCAGACGAGCCCCUGAGAUGAUGGCUGUGGUCGGGCCUGUCUGCAGAGCCCUGCUCUGGGAACGCAGAGAGCAGAAUUAUUAAUUCUGUUGGGGUGGGCACCUCCUUUGGAGAGGGGCGACCAGGCUGAGUCUUGAGGGGUGUGUUCAUUUUGCUGGGUGGCAGUAGUGGAGCCUGGUAGACCUGGGCCUGGUGAAGAUGGUUGAGAGGCAGGAAGAAAAGUUGGGGGCUGUGGGGAGGUCAGGCAGAGCCAUGUGGGUGGCCCAGGGACCUGCCCUUCUUUGAGAUCCCCUGAGUCAGGGGAGGCCUGAGGACUGGGCCUCUGGGAGGAGGGGACAGGCAAGGGCAGCUUCCAGGCAGGGCCCCAGGCUUACAGGAGGGCAGAGAAGGUGAAGGCAGAGCUCACCUUAUGGAUCAAUAAGGUCAAGACACAGAGGACCACUCUGAGGCUGCAAGGACCACAGGGGCAGACCACAGCCACCAGAGCCCUCAGUCUGGAUGCAGAUGACCCUGUUCCAAUAGAUGGCACCAGUGGGGUAUCGACCUGUUUCCUUCAGAAGCUGGGAGGGUGGGGGAGCUGCAGCCCACAGUGGGGACUCUUAGGAGAUUCCCAGUGUUGGGGUCUGGGGAGGCCAAAGCCUGGGGUCAUCAGCCCAGUGUCAGCAAAGACCAGGAAUGUCGGGGGAAGAUGGAAUGAGGGGGGCUUGGUCCCCCGUGACAGCAGCUUGGCAGAGACAGGUGUGGGUAGCCACAAGCCUCAAAACUGGGGGGUUGAAACAGCAAGUCAAGGGCUUUCACAGCCAGGUAAGUGUGAGCAGCGGGAGUGGCUGACUGAUUUUGAGCCCAGGACUGAUGUGACAAGCCUAUAGCCUAUCUCCCCUAGAACGUAAGCUUCUGAAGGCAAGGAGGAGGCUCUCAUUUCACUAGUAUAUUCCCAGCAUCUGGCACAGUGUAGGUCACUUAGUAGAUGCUCAAUUAAUAUUUGUUUGAUGAAUAUGUAGAAACACAGUAUAUACAAUGUUUAUGGAUAUAGACAUACGUAGCAAACGUUUAAAACUUUCAGGAGAAGAAUAUAUACUAACAUCAAAGUAGUAGUUAUUUUGGGACAGGGAGGAAAUGGGGUUUGGAAUAGGGAAUAGGGACUUCAGCUAUGUGUGAAACUUUUCAAAAAAAUAAAUAUGACUGUAAACAUUUGUUAAAUAUAGGAUAGGUACAUGAAGUUCUAUUACAGGCUUCAUAAUUUAAAAAAUGUCUUACUUUUCAAAAGGAAAUAAAUUUACAAACGAAUAUUUUUUAAAUGUGCAAAAUAACUCUUUUCCAGAAGGUGGAUUAUGGCUUCUUAGGAUUACAAACAGGCCUACAUAAUGCUUCUCUUGAUGCAGAUCCUUCAUGGGCCUCCAGAUCAUCAUCAGCUGUAUUAAGUGUUACUCUAAAAUAGUGGUGCAAAACCUGGUUUUGUUUCCCAUUUCUUGCUCCCCUUUUUUAUAUCAUUGUGCCUAAAACAUAAUUCUAGGUGGAGGAUCUCAAUACUUCUUUCUGGUUUCACAUUAUCGUAUUAACUGCAUACCUCCUUGCUCACUCCUUAAGUGUAGGAUUACAGGACUGUGAAUUUUGAUUCCUGGUGCUUAAGGAAAGAAGAUGCACUGUGCAGUCAGAGACUUAUGUUUGGGCCCCAGCUCCAUCUCUUCCUAGCUGUGUGACCUUGGGCAAAUCACUGAGCCACUUCUCAGCCUCAGUUUGCUCAACAGCAAAAUAUGGAUGCUCCCUACUUUUCAGCUAUUGAGAGAAUCAAAUGAGAUAAGAGAGUGAGUGAAAGCACUUGGGACAGAUCCUGGUGCAUGGUAGAUGCUUAACACACUUUAACUCUCUUCCCCAUGAGAGCUCAACCUGACCUUUGUUUGCUCUCCUCUCCCAUUGGCCCACCCCAACCAUGCCCAUCCUUCAAGGCCCACUGACAUUUAUCUCCUCUGUGAAAUCUUUCUUCACAACCCAGUGGCUCAUGACACUGAUUACUUAAUGAUCAUAGUUAAAUUUUCCAUCUGCUUAUUUUUCCCCCUUAGAUUGGAAAGCUUUGGAAAGCAGGAACACCAUUUCAGGCAUCACCGCAGGGUGGUGAAAGGACCACUAGACUGAGAGGUAGACAUGCUGGGUUACGUUCUACUAAUUAUACUUGGGAGCCCCACGUAGCCUUUUGGGCUUCAGUUUUAUCAGUAAAAGGGCUGCCACACAAGGUUUCUAGAAGAUCAGUUCAGACAUUCUCUGUGAAACAUAUUUAGGAGUUUAAUAAAUACUGUUAAUGAAGUAAAACUGCUUUGAACACUGAGCUUCUUUACAAACGUUGGACAUUAUUUUCAAUUACCACAGUAAUUGUAUUUACCGUCUGCUAAGAGAACAGCAUGUUUGAAUAUUUUCCAAGUCAUCCAGAUGAAGAUCCGAAAGGCAUCAUCAUACACGGAUAAUAAGGCUUACUCUGGAUUUAAACAAAAUUUCUUCUUUCCUCUCAGCAGGAUCAAGAUGACCACAGCCACCCCACUGGGGGAUACCCCCUUCUCGUUGAACGUGACCACCGGGGGAGAAGACUUUCUGUAUCAGAGUUCUGGAGCCAUCGUUGCUGCCAUUGUGGUGGUGGUCAUCAUCAUCUUCUCUGUGGUUCUGAUCCUGCUGAAGAUGUACAACAGGAAAAUGAGAACCAAACGGGAGCUGGAACCCAAGGGCCACAAGCCAGCCUCCCCUGCUGGCCUGGGCCCAAACAGUAACAGCAGCCAACACCCUGCAACGGUGACCUUCGGCCCUGUCGACGUUCACGUGGAAGAUCGGUGAUCCCCACCCUGGCACCACCUCAGCCACUGUCCCAAGGACCCUCUCCAGAGUCAAGACCAAGAAGCAUGCUUCUCCUCUGGCAGUUUCACAUCGACAGAGGCAUCUGUUACGCAAUAUCUGAUGCUUCUUACAACCCCCAACCCCUUCCUGCCCUGCCCCACCCAACUAUGCUCAUAUCCCUGCGGCCACCCUACCAAAAAGCCACAGAAUUUUCUUUUGUCACCUGGCAAGGUAGAGCUGUGUUGGGAAUCCACUAAUGUGGGUUUGAUAGACAGACAGACAUAAAGGCCAGGAGUCUUCUGUUCAAAAAUCAGGGACAGGGCAUCCUUCUCUGAGAGUCUCAUGACAGGAUGUGCCAGCGGGGCCAUCUCAGAGUCAGUGAGCUUUGAAGAGCAAAGUAUUCCAUCCUGUAAUCAGGCACAGGGGUGCUAACCUGGACCAACUAACCAGAAAACCAACUUGUUAAUUUAUAACUUGUUCCAGUACCAGAUGACCGCUAACUAGCUUAUUGAUCAGCACAUUCUUCCCUCUUUAAGGAAGGUCACUGGAAAAGCUGAAUUCUUCUCAAAAGGUCUCUACUUAAUUAGUAUAGAGUCAGGGUGGAAGGAGUAGGGUGAUCUUGAGGAAUAAUGGCAGUGACCUUGUUGCAAUGUCCACAGGCCUGGAACAAACCUGGUGACUGGCCAGGGCUCCUCCACUCCACAGGGCUGGGUUAAACCCUGACCCAGUCUCAUUCUUGGCUCCCCUGUAUUUGGACUGCAAGCAACCCUGACUAUUCUGUUAAGAUACAGUCCUUACCUCCAUUGGCCAGUGUUUGGAGACUGAUUAGAUUACCCUUCUGUUUGUGAUACCUAUGCUCUUCCUUGCAGAGAUUGAAGACAUAGUCGAAGUCACAUCCACAAACCAUUUCUUGGUAGAGAGCUGAUCUCUUUGACUCCUUGGUCUGGAGAACAAGCUACAGUAGGGGGAAAGCAUUUGGAAAUUAAGAUCUGCCUACCAAGUCCCACUUCCAAACUGUGUGGCCUUGGGAAAAUGCCUUGACCUCUCCAACUUCAGUUUCCUAAUCCAUGAAGUGGGAAGGAUAACAUCUGCCUCACUGGGUUAUUAUAACAAUUAAUAGACUUAGCAAAGCACCUUGCAUAGUGCCUGAGACCUAGAAGAUUCUUAAUAAGUGGGAGCCAGUAUUAUUAUUUUUUUUCUUUGAUUGCAAGACAUACAGUUGUUCACGUUUUAAUGAUUCUGAAAUUAGAACAUGUCUUACAAUCGAUGGGUCCCUCUCAAGGCAAUCUGCAUCUUAGAAUUAAUGGCAUCUUAAAAACAAGGUGAUAAAUCUUUAUUCUGUUACAGAAAGUGACACACUCUUGACAUUUAACGUCAAAUUCUAGGAGUCUCUCUCUCUUGGGGUCAGAAAUCCCUUUUGAGGGGAAAUCGAAGCUCAGAGAGGAAAGAGGACUUACCCAAGGUCACACAGCUCAUGUCAUCCCUCUAAAAAAAAUUCUCAUUUGAAGAGCUCUGGAGAAAUACUGGCAAAUUCUUCCUAGCCUUCUUUUCUUCCUACCAUAGUUAAAUAUCCACCAAGCACCAGGCAAGGGUGCUUUCAAAUGUUAUCUCAUAGGAUUUAAUUUUCCCAAUAACCUUGGGAGAUAAGUGUUAUUUUUUUCCAUUUGCAGUUGAGAAACUGGGACUCAAAAAGAAAAAAAAUACUUGCACAAAGUCCAACUACUAGUAACUUGCAAAGACGGGAUUCAAAACCAGGUGUCUUUGACUCCAAAAUCCAUCUUUCUGCUAUAUCACAUUCGUGCCCUGCCAUCUUGGCUCAAAGAAACACUGAUUCUUUUGUGGGCUGAACAAGAAGAGGACAGGUUAGUCCACGUAUCUGAAUGGAGGUCAGGGGUCUAGUUUCCAAGCUAUAAGUGGGGGACAAAGCCACUUUGGUAGCCUUCUUUGGGCUUCCAUGAGUGCAGCCAAAGGACCCCUUUCUAAACCCAUCCAAGCGCUAAGGAUUCCUGAAUCAUUCUCCCUACUACUUAGGUCCAAGGUGCAAGAGGAGGGAUGGAACAUAACCAGGGCAAAGCCAUUUCUUUGGGAUCUCAAGCCUCAAACAGAGCUGCUCCCCUAAACAUACAAUGCUUUAAAAAACAGCAACAACAAUAACAAAAACUCUUUUGGAACGUUCCAGCCAUGAAACCAAACUCUUCUGCCCACAGUGAGGUCUUCCUGGGGUUACCCUCCCAUAUACUCUUUGACCAAAUGAAAGCUUGGAAAUGGAGGGAAGAGGGGGAGGAGGAGUAAUGGGGUGGGGGCAAAUAAAAGGUUUUAAUGUUUUGUUCUUAACUAAUGAAGAUAAUUCAACAAACAUCCUUUGAAGGGCUCCUAUGUGCAAGUUAAGGUGCUACUAAAUACAUUAAGACAUGGUCCUUGCUCUCAAGGAGUCUACAGCUGAUCUCCUUGGGGCAGGGAUCUUACAACACUGUUGGAUAUUUCACUUCUGACAAGGUACCUUUGUUAACUGACGCUGCCUCAUUUGGCCACUGAAUCAAUAAAAUAUAUUAAAUGCUUAAAGAAAGAUAUUUAAAAAUAAAAAUGUUUAAGUCAAA